UCGCUCAAGGGUGUGCACCACAAGCUCGCUCGCUAAGGUGGUGGGUUAGGGUUAGAACUCUAGACACCAAUGCUGCUGUGUAAUUGGUCCUUAUAACUGACUGCUUUACAUAAAGGCUUUUAUACCUAUCAGAUUUACAUUACGCCUGUCGGAGCGCUGAUCGGAGCAGGCUAGUGGAACCAAUCCGUCGCAUGCCAUUUAUCGUCAUAGCUUAUAAAUAAGGCUCUCGGUUACGCAAGUCAAUUGUUUUCAAACAAUAACAGGAUACACUGUGUUGUUUUAGUCCUAGCCUUGGUUUGUCGUCGUUGUUUUCUACUAGGCCUAUAAUACAGGGAAGUGCCUAUCAACAUUAUUAAGGUCGGUAGAAGGAGGAACAGUGUCGGGUCAAUUGGAGAGAAGAUGUAUAAAUAGAUGGUAAUCAGAAAUCUAACUAGAUGUGUGAUAUGAAAGCAGAAACUGUGUAUGGACAAACAGUCGCAGUAAGCCCCAGUAAUCAAGUUAUAUGAAUACUACAAGCAUCAAUAUACUGUAAUCGAAAAUGAUGACGAUGACGAUGGCGAUUAUGAUAGAAAAGAUUACAGAGUGAGCACUGUUUAAAAUUUCUACCAUGGAGGAUCGAUAUAGACUUGCACAUCUGCGCAUGCACGUGACGGUUAUUUUUAUAAUUUGUGCACGUAGUUUUUGCGUGGGCUCAGUAAGUCGUAAUGCCAACAACAGUUUUACGCACUAUUUUAAAAAAGGUGACGUCGUUUUGGGCGGAUUGUUUUCUUUUUACCAGGAAAUAGACGGUAACUGUAGUACAUUGAAUGACCUGCAUGGAGCAGUGGGGAGAAUAGAAGCCAUGAUCUACGCAAUUGAGAAAAUAAAUAACAACACAAACAUUCUGCCAAAUCUAACUUUGGGUUAUUCAAUCUACGAUGAUUGUGGCCAGGAGUCGUUUGGAUUAGCCUCGUCACUACAUUUGCUUGGACUUGAACGCACGAGCUGUUGUCCCGGUAGCACGCAAUACAACAUGGAAAAAUGUGAUACACCACCUAUCCUUGGAGUAAUAGGACCAGAGUACACUAAGGUUACUAUAGCAACCAAUCAUUUGUUCAGUUUCUAUCAAGUGCCUCACAUAAGCGCAUCUGCAUCGAGCGAUGAAUUGAGUGACAGCAACCGAUUUCCAUUCUUCUCGCGCCUCGUGCCAUCAGAUAGUUUUCAAAUCGGUGCGAUGAUUGAUAUUAUUGAGCACUUCAAAUGGAAAUAUGUGUCCGCUGUUUAUUCAAAUGAGGAUUAUGGGGAGCACGGGAUCAAUGAGCUUAUCGACAGGUCCCAUACAAAUGACAAGUUCUGUCUUGGAGCAAUAGUUGGCAUUUCGGAAUCUGCGACAAAUGUGGAAAUCGACCGUGCAAUUCGACAAAUCGAAAAGCAAAGUCAUGUCGAAGUUUUGAUCCUAUUUUCUUUGCCAAGAGCUUCGCAGAUGUUCCUGGAUGGUAUGAAGAGGAGGAAUCUAAUAGGAAGUUAUACCAUGAUUGGCAGUGAUGCAACCAUUUCGCUAGUAUCAAACCCCGAUUAUUUUGGUCUUUUAAAGGGAUCUCUUUUUCUGAACCCGUACAGUUCCCAAAGACUGCCCUCUUUCGAUAAACACAUAAAUGAAGUUGCUAAAGCUGCCGAGGACAACGUCAGUUCAACUGAAAAUCCAUUCCUACAAACGAUUGUUAAUGGCUGCAAACGUGAUGCGAUAGAAAGCAUGUGUGCUGAGUUGAAUCGCACCAAAAGCGCAAAUUUCAGCUUGAACACGUGGGCAGCUAUCGUUAUGGACGCGGUAAAUGUGAUGGCACUCGCGCUUAACACCACACUUGAAGGAAAAUACGACAAAAUCAAUGAAGGAUAUGAUAUUAGUGCCAUUGUUGGAGAUUUCCAUACAAAUAUUCUUAAGACGUCGUUUCGUGGCACAAGAGGUUUUAUACAAUUUAUGGAAAAUGGAGAUUUCAUGGGUAGCUACGUCAUCGAGAAUAUUCAGGAAGACGGCAAUGAAUUUGAUUCAAUAGUUGUUGGACAAUGGAAUUCACAAAAUGAGACAAAAUUAUCUCUCUUUGAUGAAGACAUACAGUGGCCAUUCGAUCAUGUACCACGAUCAUAUUGCAGCUCAACCUGCUUGGCUGGCUACGUGACCCGAGAGCAUAAUGACAAUCCUCAGUGCUGUUGGGAGUGUUCUAAGUGUCAUGACUAUGAAAUUACCUCAGCUAAUGGUACAGCCUGCCUCGCGUGCCCAGAAUUCCACUGGCCAGAUGUUAACCAGACAAGCUGUGAACUGGUAGAUCCAACGUUUCUGCACAAGAGCGAUUCUGCCGCAAUAGCAUUCCUGUUCCUGACGUCCCUUGGUUUGACCAUCUCCUUGAUUACUUCGGUAAUGUAUAUAUAUCUUCGUAAUAAGCCAUUAAUCAAAGCUUCUGGACGCGAGACAAUGUUCAUCAUUAUGCUUGGUGUUAUUUUGUCGUAUGUUAUGGUGUUUUUCUUCGUGUCUGAACCAAGUACUAGUGUGUGUGGUGUUGCGAGAAUUGGCCUCAUUAUCACCUUUACCUGGAUCUACGCGCCUCUACUUGUCAAAGUCUUCAGAAUUAACCGUAUUUUCUACUUAGCCAAGAAAUCACCACAGAAACCUAAGUACAUCGCAGCAUCAUAUCAGGUCCUGUUUUCUAUUAUUCUUAUCAGUGUUCAGUUGGUUAUAAGUAUCAUGUGGUUAACCAUCAAAGCGCCCCGUGCAGAGAAACACAACCCCGUGCUGUAUCAACGUGAAGUUACUCUUAGCUGUAACUUUCAACAAGGGGAAAUUAUUACGUCAUCAAUGUACAACCUCAUUCUGAUUGGUCUGUGCUGCUACUACGCCAUCAGAACGCGUAAACUGCCUGAUAACUUUAAAGAGACAAAGUUCAUAGGUGUUAUCGUUUACACAACGAUGUUUAUCUUCGUUGCGUUUAUUCCGUCAUAUUUCGUCGUUACGGAACCUGUGACACGCGUCGCAAUUCUGUCUAUUGCUGUUGUUUGCAACGCGUCAACGACUCUGGUUUGCUUAUUUCUGUCGAAGUUGUACGCCGUCUAUUUUGUCAUCGAUGGAAAUGAACCUGGUACGCGAACGUCAGGUGUUCCUAUUGCACAUUGUAAUAAUAAAGCUGCUGUUGUAGGAGAUUUUGAUACGGUUAAAAAUGAGACUGUUUCUACGGAGAACACAUCCAGUGCAGUGUAAAUUCAAAAAUGUGCAAAUCCGGUACAUUCCAGAUAGAGAAGCGUAUUUUAUUGAAUAUGUACCUCAAGUUCAGGAGUAUUGGUUUAUGCAAUAUAUAAAGCGUCACACAACCAAAACAUAUAGUGUAAUAAGCAUUGGCAUAACUAGGGUUUUCGGUGCCCGGAGCAAGAAUGGAAUUGGCGUCCCUUGCAUAAGCCUGGUUUCUUUAAAAUCGCUACACUGUCGCUACCUUGUUUUCAGUUUAAUCGUUAGGCCUACUGCGCAGCAAUCCCCGACGCAAUCGGGAAGGCUCCUCGAUUGGACCGACCAAUCAGCAUCACAGAAAGCUAUCGGCGAUAGCGUGUAGCGAUUGUAUGGAAACAGCUUUAUCAAUGAAAGAUUAUUACUACAUUAUUACUUUAAAAUAUAAUCAGAAUGAUAAAAACAAGCAUCCAGAUCAUAUUAUAUUAAUAUAGUAUUGAAACAUAUAUUUAUUUUUCAAUAUCAUUAUAUAGGCCUACUUUAUUACCAUAGUAUAUUGGUGAAUCCAAACUUUUUCUCUCUGUCUCAUUACUUUUUAGAUUCUGAACAUUAGGCAUAUGCGUCGGUAUUAUACAGAUAAUAUUUGUAUUCGCAUUUUUGUUAAAGCAGUGAGACAAAUUUUAUUUUACGUAUUACAGAAUUACUAUUCAUGAAAUUUGUUUUAAUUUCAAAUUUCUUUGUUGUUCAAACAGUAGUAUAUAAGCUUCGUUAAGAGUAAUUUUUAUAAUUGUGUUAAAUAAAUGUAAAUUUAAAUGAUAUAAAAUUGUAAUAAAAUGCAAUUAUUGUUAAUUAUAUUGUAAUGUAUAUAAGUACUUUUUCAACCGAGUGUGGUUUCUCUGUAUAACAAUUUGGAAAUGAAAAAAAAAACAUUCCUAAUUGAGAAAGAAGAAUUAUUAUAACAAAUGUUAUUAAACACCUCAAAUCAAAUCCAGAUUCAUGUCUUUGUCAGCCGGGCAUGAACUGCAUCGUACCGUCGGCCGACAAAUCCACCCGCCCGGCCUCCAUGUCUGUGAGCGCUUGACUUUGCGGCGCAGUUUGCUGCUGGUUGCCGUAUUGUCAUUAUUGUCAAACGAUCCAUUGCACGUAUCGUCGUAUCGUCAGGGAACUGUUCCCUGGUAUCGUCGUCUCCAUGGAAUUGUGUCGGCAGACUACCGUAUUUGCAGUGUGUGCCCGCCUGAAAUAGAACAAUAAAUUCUUUACCUAAAUACAUAUAUAUGUGUUUGCUAUACAGUAGAAUAUAUUUUUAAAACUAUUUAUAUCUAUAUAAAGUAUUAAAUGAUGUAUAUAUAUAUAUAUA